AUGAAUUCCUCGGGUCCUCAAUGCCCGGGCCUGCUGGGCGACUUUGUGUACCUGAGCCCUCACACAAGUCUCAGCGUGUCACAGCUCCAGAGCAAGAUGCGGUGGUACAUGGACCAGCCUCGAACACUCUCAAGGACAAUACCUCCUUGUCCCUCCAGUUGUAUGGCCUCGAAUGGUCUCCAUGCCAUCGACCAAUUCGCGCUGGUGCUGGCACUAGGAGAAGCUGUGAGGCCAUCUGGCCAAGGCUGCUUCUCAUUGGAUGUGGAGAAGUAUUCACAUUGGUAUCCUCGCACACCAAAGACGCAGGUGACGCAUGACAAGACGAUGGAUGCUUGCAUUAUGGAGGUGGACCCCACCGAGGAGGAGGCGCAGUUGAAAAUCCUUUUCGCAGCAAUUGUGCUCCUGUUCACUGCGGUUCUCUCGCUGCUUUGCGCGUUUACUGAAGAGAAGGGGAAUGAAGAUUUGAAUGAUUGGCGAAACAUGUGCACUUCCUAA